AUGUCGCUUGAGCCGAAUUCCGCCAAGAUCUUACAUAUUCGGACAAUGUCAGGAAGCGAGAUAGUCGUGGCUGCAGAUGACGUCAGGGAUGUACGCAGCUUGAAACAACAUCUCCAAAGCAAGGGUGAAGGGUCUCGAUUUAGAAUGCUCCUUAUGCACGGAGAUCGCCUCUUCAAGGACGAUUGUUCAGUCUUGGAGUUGCCGACCGACUUGCAAAUGGUUUCAUUAAACUUUGCCGAUACUUCAGAGGAUCAGGUAGGGGACCUCAUGGAGGCCGCUUUUCUUGGCAGCGUUGCAUGGCUUGAGGAGCUUUUGCAGCGCCCCCAAGAUCCAAACAGAACUCUCCCUGAUCCUUUGGGACGGCCUCCUCUACGCCGCCACACAGCUCUUGGUGCUGCAGCUGAUGGUGGCAACGCAAAAGCUGUGCGGAUUCUGUUGGAGGCAUGUGCGGACACAGAGGGCUGCGCUGCCAGCGAGAGCGAUGAGGUUCCCGCGCUGGCUCAAGCAGCAGCCCAAAGACAUGUUCAAGUCGUACGUAUUUUGCUGGAAGCUGGCGCCUCUACUGAAUCCAAGGGAAUCUUGGCAGGAAUCAGAGUGACGCCGCUUCUUGCAGCAAUUCAAUCAUACCGUCCACAAGGCCCGGAUGAGAAAAGCAUGGAGAUUGUGCAGCUCUUGUUGGAGGCGCGUGCAGAUCCAAACUUCGUCGGACAGGCCCCCAGAGACGUCCAACAUGACAGCAGGCCUUUGGUUGCAGCAUGCCAAGGUGGUCAUCUGGAAGUUGCGCGCUUGUUGCUGGAGGGAAGCUUGCGUGGUGACGUUUUGCCACCAGCAGCACGCGCGCACGUCGCUCCAGCACUCGUUGUGGCAUCUUCGAAAGGCUACCUGGAAAUUCAAAGGCUGCUUCAGGAGUCUGCGCCAACCGUGCUUGAAAUAUCAACACCUCAACAGAUGUCCCACCUCGAUUCUUUUACGCCUCUCUUGUUGGCAGCGACAUGGGGGCACGUGGGCAUUGUGCGUUUGCUAUUAGAGGCACACGCUGACCCACACACAGUUUACGGACCAGAUGGUUUGACUGCUCUGUCAGAAGCUGCUGCAGGAGGGCAUUUGGAGACUGUGCGUCUCUUGCUGGGAAGGCAAGGACUCAUCCCCUAG